AUGGCGGAGCUGGCGACGCUGCGCACGGCCAGGGUCGCCCUGGACGAGGGCCUGAUCAGCGAGAAGGACUUCGAGGUGGUGAAGGCGGGCUUCGUCAAGGCCCAGCAGAUCAAGGCGGGCCUGGAUGCCGGCUUCAUCAAGGAGGAGGAUUUCACCCACGUCAAGGACACGUUCUUCCGAUCCCUGGACAUCCAGGUUCCGGAACGCGGGCAGAGCGGCGCGGGGGCCGGCCCGGCCGCUGCUCCCGCCAGGCCGGCGAUGCAGAGGCGCGGCAGCGGCGGCGGUGGAUUGGCGAGCCAGGCAAAUCCUCCCAAACCGGCGCCCAUGGGAGCUUCGGGUGGCGCGACGGUCGCGGCGAAGGCCAAUCCGGCCUCUGGCAAGGCCGCGCCUCCCCCGCCGCCGCCCGCCGCGCCCGCCAAGCCCGCGCCCCUGGUCAGAUCCAACUCGCUGACGGAGUCGAAGGGGAGCGUGACGGCCGGAAAGGUUUCGAUGAGCGGCAUCGCUGUUGAAGACAGUGCGGUGCAGGAAUACAAACUGAUGAAGGGCAGAAAAACGUAUUCCUGGAUGACAUUCAAGAUCAACGCCGAGGGAACUGCUGUCGUCUUGGGGGAUACAGGAGGCUCAGGGUCGACGUUUGAAGAGUUUGCUGCAUAUCUUCCAGAGAAUGAAUGCAGAUAUGCAGUAUUUGACUACCAUUAUGAAGCAAACGAAAAUCGCUCUUUUGACAAGCUGGUGUUCAUUAACUGGGCCCCCAACAAUUCCACCGUGAAGCAAAAGAUGAUGAUGGCUUCGACCAAAGAUUUCUUCAAGGGGUUUCUAGAGGGCAUUCAGAUUGAAAUGCAGGCUGCCUGCCCAGAAGACAUCACAGAAGAUGAGGUCAACGACGCUGUGAAGUCCAGUCUGACAAGAAAGUGA